UUGCCCUUUUUGCCAUCUUGUUUUUCUUCAAUUCUUUGUCUGUUGGUCUCGUCUCUAAUGGCGAAAACAGUCGAAAAAAUAACGGGCGUAGCAAAGGAAACGACGGAAUUGAAGAGAGAACUGCAGAGACUGGUGAAUGCUAUAGUUGAUGACGAUGAUCACAGCGAAGAGACCACUGAUCAGGCCAUGAUGACCUUGUAUUCUCUCAAGAAAUUAAUUUGGAAGCGCUCUCUUUCUCUUUCUUUGGAACUGGACAGUCCUAAUUUUCCUGAUGAAUUUAAGUGCCCUCUUUCCAAAGCUCUCAUGAAAGACCCUGUUAUCUUGGCCACCGGUCAGACGUAUGAUCGGCAAUUAAUCGAAAACUGGUUGAAAGAUGGUAAAAGAAUAUGCCCCCAAACCCAGCACGUUCUGUCCUACACGGUGGUUACCCCUAAUUGCUUAGUACGGGAAAUGAUUUCACAAUGGUGUAAGAAGAAUGGCCUUGUGCUGCCAAACCCUGCCCAGGGUCCUGAUGAGGAAUUAAUUGCAGAUGCAGAGCGAGAACAUUUGAAUUCACUGCUCGAGAAAUUGUCCUCUUCUCUUUCUGAUCAGAAAGAGGCUGCAAAAGAGCUAAGGUUGCUGACCAAACGUACGCCACAUAUCAGGGCUCUUUUUGGACAAAUUGCUAAUGCCCUUCUCCAAUUGCUCAAGCCGUUGGCACCUAGGAGGAUAGAUGACCAUCCUGAUUUACAAGAGGAUUUGAUCACUACAGUCUUGAAUGUCUCGAUACAUGAUAGCAAUAAGAAGUUGGUUGCAGAUAAUCCAGUGGCCAUCCCUAUACUUAUUAAAUCAUUGAAAUUCGGUAACAUAGACACAAGAAGAAAUGCUGCUGCAGCUCUUCUCUCAUUAUCACUACUUAAUUCCACCAACAAGCUCAUUAUUGGAGAGGCGGGUGCUAUCAAACCUUUGAUUAACCUUCUGGAAGAAGGACAUUUGUUAGCCAUGAAGGAUGCUGCAUCAGCAAUUCUCAGCCUAUGCAUUGUCGAUGAGAAUAACGCAAGGGCAGUGCAUGAAGGGGCAGUUAGGGUUAUUUGGGCAAAAAUCAUGAAUGGUAUACUUGUGAAUGAGUUGUUGCCUAUUCUUGCCUUGCUCUCCUUGCAUGAAAAGGCUGUUGAGGAGAUGGAGGAGCUCAGUGCAGUACCUUGCUUGCUUAGUAUUUUAAGGGACAACACGGAUGAACGCGCCAAGGAGAGUUGUAUUGCAAUCCUUUACACAAUAAUUUCUUAUGAUCUACUCAAAUUGAGGAUGGUCAAGGAAGAGGAAGAUGUCAAUGGAACUAUCUCCAAGCUUGCAGAAUCUGGGACUUUGAGGGCCAGGAGGAAGGCAAAUGACAUCCUUGAGAUGCUGAAUCCCAAGCACCCAUUGUAGAUAAUAUUACUUUGUCUUACACUGUACAAACCAUGACGCCAAUGCCAAUUUGUUACUUGUAGAUAACAUUUUCCUACACAUGCUCACUUUUUCAUUUCAAAUGGAUUUCAGGUGCGCUUUAGGGUUUUAGAUCAGCAGUUGACGUUGUAUUUUGACC